CCCAAGUCGUUUGUGUUUCGGCGUGGCCGCCACGGUGCCAUCCUGCGCGACCUUGAGCGCGACCUCCGUAAGCUCAUGGCCCCCAACACGGCGGCGGCAUUGAAGGAGAGCCGCCGUAAUCAGAUCAAGGACUUUUUGAACGUGGCUGGGCCGCUGGGCGUCACCCAUUUCCUCAUCCUGACUGCCACCCACAAUGCGUCCUACCUGCGCAUCGCAAAGACCCCACGUGGCCCCACGCUGACCAUGCGCAUCCACUCCUACUCGCUCAUUCGCGAUGUGGUGGGCGCUCAGCAGCGUCCCCGCACCCCGCAGGCCAUGUGGCUUGGCCCGCCGUUGGUGGUGAUGAACAACUUUGGCAGCGAAGAGCAGAUGAAGUUGGCGGCGGUGACCUUCCAGAACCUGUUCCCCGCCAUCAACGUGCAGACCACGCGCCUCAGCGCGUGCCAGCGCGUUCUGCUGCUGGACUACAGCAAAGAGAGUGGACGCAUCAGCAUGCGCCACUACUCCAUCGCUGUGGCGCCCUCGGGGGUUAGCAAGAACCUGAAGCAGCUUCUGGCGCGCAAGGAUCUUCCCGACAUGGGGCGCAUGGCCGACGUGGCGGAAUUCCUAACCCGCUCUGGAUAUGGCUCUGAGAGCGAGGGGGAGGAGGCGGAGCAGUCGCGGGUGGAGUUGCCGGAAGAGGCUGGGGCCAAGGCACAGGCGCGCCAGUCACGUAUCCGGCUCUACGAGGUUGGCCCCCGCCUUGAGCUGGAGAUAGUGAAGGUGGAGGAGGGCCUGUGCGACGGACGCGUGCUUUUCCACAAGUACCAGCAGCGCAGCGCAACGGAGAAGGCGCUGCAGCAGGCAGAGUGGGAUGAGAAG